ACAUCUCACCGAACAUUUUGACGUGUAAAUCGAAAUCAAAACAUUGUGGGCCCCUAAAAUUAACUGAUUUGAAUGUUUACAAUAAUUAAAAUAAUUGAUAAUUUUGUGUAAUAAAAUGCUAUAAAUAUAAGAGGAUGAAAUGGUUUUGCCUCAGAAUCGAAUAUGAUAAUACUCAGUGUAGUUUCGUGUUUGACGUUACUCGCGCAUGCGCGCGGGAACCCAGCUCCCACAAUGACAUAUGAUACUAUAGUUGUUGGCAUAGGCGCUGCUGGCUGCACAGCCGCGGCGACACUCUGCAAGGCGGGGAAAAAGGUUCUGGCACUUGAGGCUAUGGAUAGAGUCGGGGGCAGAGUUAAUACCGUACCUUUCAGCAACGGGGUAAUUGAAUUGGGGGCUGAAUGGAUGCACGGCCAACAAAACAGUCGUAUUUACGACCUCGCGAUACAAAACAACGUCUCUGUUUUACCCCAAGAGCUAUCAUUCGAUGUCUACCGGUCUGACGGUAGCUUAUCAAACAAUGAGACCUUGAAUGACCUCGUGACAUUUGCCCUUGGGGUCGUGGAAGAUCCCCCUGAAGUACCAGAACCAUUAGGGCAGUAUAUAACUAGGAGAAUGUUGGACUAUAUAAAAACAAAAUACCCUGAAUUACAAUCAGACCAGGAUUAUAUAACCGAAGUUCUAAAUUUCAUGGACUUAGUUAUAAACAAUUAUGAGUCGUCAAACAGCUGGAACGAUGUUUCGACGCAAUCUAGAUAUGAUGAGCUUGAAGGGCAUCAGCACAUGAGCUGGCACAAGAACGGAUAUAAAACUCUAUUUGAAAUAUUAUUGAACACAUACCACAAUGGCCCUGGUUUCCCGACCUUGGACCUUCAACUGAGGAAGGAGGUGACCCGUAUAUCCUGGCCCCAGGAUCCCGCUGAAGAUGUGGUGGUCACCUGCAAAGAUGGCUCUACAUACAGGGCUAGGAAUGUCAUUGUGACUGUAUCUUUGGGAGUACUGAAAGAAAGGCACGAAAAAUUAUUUACCCCACCGUUGCCAGAAGAGAAAAAAACUGCAAUAGAAAAAAUGUCAAUUGGUGUAGUAGGCAAAGUAGCUUUGUUAUUCAAAGAGAGAUUCUGGAAAGACGGUUUCUGGACCGCCUUUGUGUGGAAAGGAGAGGACAGAAUGAAGUUGAGUGAGAAUGAGACGUGGAUAACAACGUAUAAUGGAUUUUCUCCACCUAUGGGCUGCGAUAACGUUUUGACAUUCUGGGGUGUGGGCGAUGCCGCCAAAUUGGUAGAAACUUUACCCGAGGAUGUGGUUAAGAGGAAAGUUAUGGAACUCUUAAGAAAGUUUAUGGGCAAAGACAUAGAAAUUCCAGAACCCAUUGGGAUGUUGAGGUCGUCGUGGUACUCAAACCCGUUCACCAGGGGCAGUUACAGCUACGACAACGUUUUAACACCACAAUACCCAACUGCCCGAGCCACUUUAGCUGCCCCCCUACUAGACAGAGGGGGUAGCCCUCGCGUCCUAUUUGCAGGAGAGGCCACGGAUAAUACUCACUUCUCAACUGUCCAUGGGGCAACAGAUACUGGAUUUAGAGAGGCCAAUAGGCUAUUACCCCAAGCCAAAUUGUAAAGAAUGAAUUGAUUGAGCGACUCGUUAGCAAUGAAAUUGUUGCAGUUAGUAAUUGUCUUACAAAUGAAACGAAUUUGGGCCCCGAUUUUGCUAUUUAUUGUGGCCAAAAUUUUUCAUAAGCAUUUACCUAACAAAAUAAUUGGAAAUUUAUUGUAUUGGCAGUGAGUGUUCCGCCUCUACUGAAUUUCCAAUUGUUGUGUUGAGUAAAAUGCUUUGCCAAUUUAAUCCAAUUUCCAUUAAUUCAUCGGCCAUUGUAAGUAGCAGAAUUGGGGCCCUGGUUAACUUGUUUUUGUUUUUGAUACGAUUUUAGUUUCGAUCUUGCAAUGAUUUAAAUUCGUUUACUCUUAAAAGUAAGUUAGCUAUCAUUUGAACGUGUUUCCAACCCGCUUGGGUCGAAAUAUAGAGUACUAACUCCUAUCUCUAUUUAAUUUUGUUGGGAGGCAGACCAUACUUUUGUCUGCUACGACACAUGUUGUAGAUGAAAUGAAAUGAAAUUAUUUAUUCUGCAAAUAGGAUAUUAAAUCACUUUUACAUGUCUUUUUUGAGAACGAUGG